AUGUUGGAUUCACACAUUAUUAAAAGGUUGUUUGCGAACAAUCUUUUUAAAAUUCUACAACUGAACAACAAGAUUCUGGGAAUCGAUUCGCAAAUUCUCUGUUCCCUUGAGGAUAUUAAUGCUAAUCAAGGAGGUUCCAAAAUAAACUUUAAGACUAAAAUUCUCGCUUGGAUCAAUCUGUACAAUUUUGUCACUCUUAAUUUACAACUAAACGAGACGAUCGAUUCAUUUGAUUUAUUAAAGGAUUCAAGGACUCUAAUCCAUUCUAAGGACUUUUACGAAUCUAACGAGGCUAAUCCUUCCAGGAUCGGACGUAUUUUAAGCCUGAUAUAGCCAUUUGAAGUGUAAAAACGAAAAUACAUGCAUAAAACAACAAAUUUGUUAAUAUUAACAAAAAUAAAUAAUUAUCAAACAA